UGAUAACUAUUCCAUUAGUUAGAAGUAGAAAGGCUAUUUACCAAAGUAACAGGCACAAAUUUUCUUAGUCCACUAUGCAUGCAUAAAUUGUAUUGUAAAACAAAUUCCAAUGAGUUGAUCUAAUGAUAAUGGAGUUAAACUCCACAAGACCAUAAUCACGUACCUCAAAAUUGAUAAUCUGGCAACUCAGCAUCCAAUGCAUCAUUGCCUACAUGGUUCCAAAGAGGAAUGAUGGUUUCACCCAUACCCACCCAACCCUAUCCACCCUGACCAGUUAAUGUUAGAACUAAGAACCCAAGUCCAACUUAAAUGGAUGUAUAAGAAAUAAAUAACCACAUUCAUUUAAUUUUUAACCUGAAAGUCUCAAAGUUAAUCUUUAAGUAACAUAUAACAAUAAAAUCAAAUCUAUAUCAUCACCCUGAUUAAUAAAAAAAUUAACCAAUAGAUGUGUUUUUCUACCCAAAGUCCCAAACCCAUUCAAUGUGCACCUUUUACUAAGUGGUAUCUCAUGUUUACAUUUUUUUCACAUAUAGGUCUAAAAACUUUUGAUGAAAUAUGUACAAUUUAGCAUCUGAAAAUUUCUUUUCUUACAUUAUGACAUCUAAACCUUUUAAACUUUACAAACAAAUCCAAAAUACCGAGAGAAAAAAAUGAGUCGACCCACUACCCGUACCUCAAAUCCAUAUAUCCAGCUUAAAUCCGAAAACCCAAAAUAGUAAAUACAUAUCUUAUUCAUUCGUUUCUCCCUACUUCACCCAUCACACUACUGUUUCCUCUCUUCUUCCACCACCUGGCAUCACAUACCGACUUACAUGUGCAUGAACCGCCAUGGAAGGAAAGGAAACAUCCAGAGCCACCAUAAUAGUCACGGUCCCCCAUUGUUAACUGACCAUAACGCGUGGCUCUUCUAAUUUUCUAUUUUUUUGUUUAAUCUUAUAUCUCAAUAAUGAAGUGGUAGUUGACGGUUCAUAUCUUUCUGCUCGCUGGUAAAUGCCAUCCCUAUUUCAAUUCACGGUGAAAAGAAGAAAAUCCAAACUGUAAAUCACAUGGGAAAGUAAGCUAGUUUUCAUCUCUUGCACGUUUUCUCCUUCAAAGUACGAGCCCCACCAAUCUUGUCCCUAUGCAAAUUUGAAACCCCCCUGUUUUCCCUUUAUAAUAAGAAAGCCAACCCACCGUCCUUCAUUCCCUCCAUUUUCAUCCCCACACACAAUCCUUCAUUCAUUCCCCUCAUUCACCAGUUGAUACAACAAACACACUGAAAAAAGAAAGAAGAAGAAGAAGAAGAAGAAGCAAACAUGGCUCUGAACACUCCUUCUGUGAUCAACCUAAAGGAACCCAAAUCCCCUAGAAAAGCAACCGACGACAUCAUCGGCUCAAUCAGCUAUCCACAGAUCAAACCCACCCUGAGCCCCAGAGCAGCCAAGGGUCCGGCUCUAGCAGCAGACCUCUUGGAGCAGCACAACAGCCUAGCAACAAGGGACUACUUUCUGGAAGAGAGCAGAGGCGCGAAGUGGGCGGAGAAGCUGCACCCGUUAUCAGGUCCUCACGAUGACGGGAGCAGCUCCAAGGUGCCUGUAUUUGUGAUGCUCCCACUCGACACGGUGACACAAGGGGGGAAACUACACAAGCCCCGCGCGAUGAACGCCAGCUUGAUGGCGUUGAAGAGCGCAGGGGUGGAAGGGGUGAUGGUGGACGCAUGGUGGGGGUUGGUGGAGAAAGAUGGACCCCUACGGUACAACUGGGAAGGCUAUGCUGAGCUUGUGGAGAUGGCGAAGCGCCAUGGUCUGAAGAUUCAGAUGGUCAUGUCGUUCCAUCAGUGCGGUGGAAAUGUUGGGGAUUCUUGCAGCAUUCCUCUGCCUCCAUGGGUGCUUGAAGAGAUCAGCAAGGACCCGGACCUUGUUUACACCGACAGAUCAGGGCGUAGGAAUCCUGAGUACAUUUCCUUGGGCUGCGACUCGAUGCCUGUGCUAAGAGGAAGAACACCAAUACAAGUCUACUCAGAUUUCAUGAGGAGCUUCCGCGACAGAUUCAGUGAUGACCUUGGAGAUGUUAUAGUGGAAGUUCAAGUAGGAAUGGGCCCUUGUGGAGAACUGAGAUACCCAUCAUACCCAGAAGGCAAUGGCGCAUGGAGAUUCCCAGGAAUUGGGGAAUUCCAAUGUUAUGACAAGUAUAUGAGGGCAUCACUCAGAGCAGCUGCUGAAGAAGCAGGAAAUCCGGACUGGGGGAUAGACGGCCCCCAGGAUUCCGGGGAGUACAAUCAAUUUCCUGAAGAUACCGGGUUCUUCAGGAGGGAAGGGACAUGGAACACAGAAUAUGGGCAGUUCUUCCUAGAAUGGUACUCUUCAAUUCUACUACAGCAUGGUGAAAACAUCUUAGAAGCGGCAGAAGGGAUAUUCCGAGGAACUGGGGCAAAGCUGUCAGGAAAAGUUGCAGGAAUCCAUUGGCAUUACAAAACGAGGUCUCACGCAGCAGAACUCACAGCAGGAUACUACAACACCAGAAACCGCGAUGGUUACCUACCGAUAGCACAAAUGUUCGCCAAGCAUGGAGUUGUGCUCAACUUCACAUGCAUGGAAAUGAGAGAUGGGGAGCAGCCUGAAAAUGCAGGCUGCUCGCCGGAAGGAUUAGUCCAGCAAGUGAAGAUGGCAACACAGGCAGCCGGCACUGAACUUGCCGGUGAGAAUGCAUUGGAGAGGUAUGAUCCAGCAGCAUAUGGACAGGUUUUGGCAACUAGUACAUCAGCAUCAGGCAGUGGAUUGAGCGCAUUCACUUACCUGAGGUUGAACAAGAGGCUGUUUGAAGAUGAAAACUGGCGGCACAUGGUGGAGUUCGUAAGAAACAUGUCAGAAGGAGGCAAGAAUAGGGAACUAGCAGAGUCUGACACCCAGAGGAGUGAUCUUUACAUCGGGUUCGUGAAGGAGAAGAACAUCGAGAAAACAAAGGAGAUUCUCCUCGUGUAAACCAUGUAGCUUAGCUUUAGUGAAAAACGAAUGGUUACUUGUACACCAAAAUACCACUCCCAUGCUUUUCCAUACUUGAACUGGGAAAGAUGAGACAAUCAGGAAUGUAUAAUAAAUGUGUUUACCAUAAUGCUAUAUAUUCAUCCUUCUAAGCUGAACAGUAGCCCAACAGAUACAAUGGUUCUAGCAUCAUUCAUAUAUAAGAAGAAAAAAAACUUAGUUCUAGCAUCGAUUUUUCCACGAACGACAACAGUAACUGGUUUCACAAAUGAUAAGUUCCAUUGCCUUGUAACUUGAAAUUCUCAUAUUUAUUUAAAUACUAAUUUCGAUUUCAUUCUUUUGGGUUUUGUCUCUCAUUUAGUAUCAGUUUUAUGCAUGUCUUUCUUGUCUAAAGCAGACCCAUUAACAUGAAACUGAGCAAUUACGUCACCUGGAGUUGGAACUGGAAGGCACACAAUUACUCAUUAUUUAGAAACUUGAGAGACUUUUGAGUGCUAAUUUAACCUUGUAGAUCUGAACAAAGGAGAACUCAUACAAACUAUCUCCAUAAUGGCCCGGCUCAAGAAAUCGGGAUUAGAAUU